UUUUUUGUUUAGGCUUAAUUUUCUAUUAUUUUUAACCUUUCUUUAUAGGUAAAGGCACUGAAAGAGAAGAUUGAAUCUGAAAAGGGGAAAGACGCCUUUCCAGUAGCGGGUCAGAAGUUAAUCUAUGCAGGCAAAAUCCUCAGUGAUGAUACUGCUCUCAAAGAAUACAAAAUUGAUGAGAAAAAUUUUGUGGUGGUUAUGGUGACAAAACCCAAAGCAGUGACUACUCCAGUGCCAGCAACAACUCAGCAAUCAAAUACUCCCGCCACUACUGCAGUUAGCUCCUCCACAGCAACAGUUGUGGCUCAAGCUCCAACCCCCACGCCUGCUUCAGCUCCCACUUCCACACCUGCAUCUACUACUCCAGCCUCAACUACAGUAUCUUCUGAACCUGCACCUGCCAGUGCAGCUCAACCUGAGAAACCUGCAGAAAAGCCAGCACAGUCACCAGUGGUUACUAGCCCAGCACCAGCUGACAGUACACCAGGAGAUUCUUCCCGGUCAAAUCUUUUUGAAGAUGCAACAAGUGCCCUUGUGACAGGUCAAUCUUACGAGAAUAUGGUAACUGAGAUCAUGUCAAUGGGCUAUGAACGAGAGCAAGUAAUUGCAGCCCUGAGAGCCAGUUUCAACAACCCUGACAGAGCUGUGGAAUAUCUUCUAAUGGGAAUCCCUGGAGAUAGAGAAAGUCAGGCUGUGGUUGAUCCUCCUCCCCAGGCAGUGAGUACUGGAACUCCUCAGUCUCCAGCAGUGGCAGCAGCUGCAGCCACCACAACAGCAACAACAACAAGUAGUGCUGGAGGCCACCCCCUUGAAUUUUUACGGAAUCAGCCUCAGUUUCAACAGAUGCGACAAAUUAUCCAGCAGAAUCCUUCCCUGCUUCCAGCUUUGCUACAGCAGAUAGGUCGGGAGAAUCCUCAGUUGCUGCAGCAAAUUAGCCAACACCAGGAACAUUUUAUUCAGAUGCUAAAUGAACCAGUUCAGGAAGCAGGUGGUCAAGGUGGAGGAGGAGGAGGUGGAGGUGGAGGAGGCGGUGGCGGAAGUGGUGGUGGAGGAAUUGCAGAAGCUGGAAGUGGGCACAUGAACUACAUUCAAGUAACACCUCAGGAAAAAGAAGCUAUAGAACGGUUAAAAGCAUUAGGAUUUCCUGAAGGACUUGUGAUUCAAGCAUAUUUUGCUUGUGAGAAGAAUGAGAAUUUGGCUGCCAACUUUCUUCUACAGCAGAACUUUGAUGAAGAUUGAAGGGACUCUUUUGUAUCUCACACUCACACCAGUGCAUUACACUAACUUGGUUCACUGGAUUGUCUGGGGUGACUUGGGCUCAUGCAGGGAUACAUACUGUGCAUGUCUGCUUCAAUUAGCAGAUGCUGCAGAUCCACAGUGUAAAAUACUAUACAACCAAACAUCCGCCUUUGCAGGUCUUUAUUCUUCUAGGCAGUAGAUAACAUUUCCUGGGUUUCAUUCUUCUAGUAUACUAGAUCCAGAAAUUUAGUGUGAUGCCCUGCUUUCUCUUUCUUUGACUUAACAUUGGUUUCUGAAAGAAUCUUUGCUACCUAGAAUCUACAGUCUGUUUUAUGGCAACACUGGAUAAUGGCUUUUUGAAAUUGGAAAAAAAAUGGAGCAUCUGUAAACAGAAAUGCCAAACUAUUGAUGGUCAUUGUUGCUGCUUCACGUAAAUAUGAAAUUGAUGCAAAAAGAAGCCCAUUCUUCAUGUUCUGUACUUGGGGUGGGGAGGGUAGAAAAGGGGACUUUUUCUUAAAAUGAAAAUAAUUACUGCUAUUUUAAAAUUUCCUGAUUAUUGAAUGUGAGACCCUCUAACAUGAUUUGAGAAGCUGUACACAUUAUAGGCAGAGUUAUUUUCCUGUUUACAUUCUUUGUUUGUUUGGGGGAAAUUGGUAGGUGUCUGAUUACUGUUUACUUCAUUGUUGUAUUGCAGUAAAAAAUUUAAAACAACCAUUGCAUGUUUGCUUUUGAUGUAUCCCUUUGUGAAAUUAGCACUUUUGGGGCCAAUGAAGAAAUGCAGCAUUCAGUCUCCUUCCCCUCCCCUGUCCUUAGUAGAAAUGCAUUUGAUCAACAGGUCAUGAGUCAAACUGCUGCCUUUAAAAAACAACACACAAAAUGCUGAAUCAGUUCAAAAUUAAUGCAAAUCUUACAAAACUGGGUGUCUGAUAAUGAUACUUGUGGAUGUCUUUAUUAGAUAAGAAUGUAUUACCAUUAAAUCCAUUAGUAUUACAUUGCUUUCAAAGAGAGGAGGUGGGUGGGACUAUAACCCAGCAUCUUUUACUGCAUUUAAAGAUGGGAGAGAACUUUUGUAUGGUUGGGAGAUGUGCUGGAAGUACUUUGGAAAAUAUACAAUCAAGAUAUCUCGUGGCAUAUUAAAAGAAAAAUCUCAAUCACAGUGUUGACUUUUAUUUGGAUUUUGCUCAUCUCAGUUUUUCUUUGGAAACUCCCUCAUUAGUAUUGCUGUUUGAUUGUAAAGAGGGUCACAUGUGGUCUUGUUGACUUUGUCCAAUCUUUUCCUAAAUAUAAGCAGUACUCCUAAAGAAGUAAUGUUUCCUACCAUCUGAUUCCAUGUCAGAAGAUGGCUUUGCAGACCCCCUGCCCAGUCUCCUGCAGUGUGUUCAGUGGUGAAUCUUAAAGCUGCUUAUCAUGCUCUCAUAACCCAUUUUAUGGAAAUAAAUGAAACCAUGAUUUUCCUUCAUGAUUACCAUA